CUCUUAAAACACCUAAUAAUUAUAUAAUACUGGUCACUGAAUCGUUAAAAUUCUAGUCUACAAUAAAAUGUAAACUUUAUUACCAAACAAAUCAAACAAACAAACAAACAAAAAAUCACCAAAAAAUUCAAGUCAUGGUUUCGAAACAGAGAUCCUAUUAUAAUAUUUUAUUAUUUAGUCUACUGUUGUGUUCAUCAGUUAACACAACUAUAUCGCGUAUAGUAGUCAACCGUAAACUAUUGAUACCGACACCGAUACUGACAUCGCCAGCAUCGACGGUCAUAAUCCCUAACCAACAACAGCAACAACAAAGCACCAGAUUUUUAUCAUCGGAUGACAAGUUGUUAACAACCAUUACUACCCCCACAACUACUACUACUACUACUAAUGUCAAACCAAUUAGAGGCACUGAUAUCACACUACUACAGACAGAUGUGCCAAACAUUACCACAACAACAGCUACAACAUCGUUGUCGUCGUCAUCUUCAAGAUCACUAUCGGAUCAGAUAAUAGGCGACAAUAAUACUAAUACUACUACUGAUAGCAAUAGUCUUCAACAAACAAACAAUAUAUCCAUCGAUAAUAAUAUCACUAAUGAUUGGUCUAAUGGACAGGAAAUCAUUGGGGAAAUCGUCAACAAUGACAUCAACAAUAAUGACAGUGGAUUAGCUGAUCCGCAGCAGCAGCAGCAGCAGGAUAUUCAUAAUCAUAUGCUAAUGGAUAACAUCAACAAUGGUAUUAUCAUCGCUAAAACAACAGGAGCUACAGUCACGACCACUUUGAUGACAUCAGACAAUACUACCACUACUACUACUAGUAGUAGUAGUAGUAAUGCUAUUAAUAGUAAUGAGAGCACCGGUAGUGCCGCCAAACCAACCAAUGGUGGUGAUGAUGAUGGUAUGGUUCAACUAGUAGACAAACUGAGACCAACUAUUAUCAAUGAUAAUAAUAUUGAUAAUAAUGAUAAUAAUCAGAUCAUCGCCAGUUUGGCGACGCCUACACUAACCACCACUACUACAACAACAUCAGCUAAAAAUAUAACCGAUAGCUUAACAACUGCUAACAAAACAAUGACAACCCGUGCUAUCAACGGCACCGGUAGUACAAGUAGUACUGUAGCUGAAGAUACAGAAGCAGCCCAUAGAUCCAAGAGGUCGUUCCCGUCACCGUUGAUGACCACCAAUACUAAUCAGUUGCAUACAAAUUUGGACGACUUGUUUGACUUGAGACGCCAGCGGCGGUCAUCGUCAACAUCAUCAUCGCUGAUGAGAUACAAGAGAAACACAUUCAUAGCCAACAAUUACGAUGAUUUGUUGGCCUCAAUACUGGCUCAGGACAACAAUAGCAUCGGCGGCGGUAAUGUUAUUGUGGAUAACAACAACAGUGAUGAUGACGACGACGACAACGAUGAUGACAACAUGGAUCUGUUCAAUGAUGUCGACGGCGGCGGCGAUGGUGGUGGCGGCAGACCAAACAGUUUGGUCACCAAUGAUAAAGAGCUGAACGAUUUGGCGCUCAGUUACCUAUUGAAUAGCAAUAGAAACAGUAAUCCCUACGAUCUGGACAGUCAGAUGAUUGAUUUGAAUAAACUGAAACAAUACUACGAUAGCCUAUUGCCGCUGAUGGAGGCCAUCGAAAAUGGCCAAACAUUACCGCCGGCUAUGGCCGCCGCCGCAACCGAUACAGAUAACGAUGAUUCCGGUGAAGAUAUUGCUGCCGUUGCCGCCGCCGCCGCCGCCAACCGAUACAAUAGCUACGGCAGCAGCAGCGGAAGCAGCGGGUUGUCGUCAAUACCGGUGAUACCCUAUUCGUGGCCCAACAACAACAACAUUAACCGCUAUCAGAGGAUCAGACGUUCGUAUAGAUACCGUUCCCCUUAUUCGCUGUACGCGGGUAUGCGACGCAAACGGUUUUUCGGGGGCAGUGGUGGUGGUCUAGAAAAUAAUGGCCCGAUAAUGAUGGGACCGAAUGGGGAAUGGGGCCGUAUAGUCGGCUCAAACAUUGACCGAUCAGUUUACGAUGACGAGGCCCAGGAGGCCAAUAAAAUCUAUUCGUUGGCCACACUGUUGGCCCGCAGCGGUGGCACCGGCGGCACCGUCGGCGUCUAUAGACCCGAACAGCUUAGCCUAAUGUUGAACCAUAGGUUUAAGCGAUCAUCAUCACCAUCAUCAUCAUCGUUGUUGGCACCGGUAUUUCGGCGCCCAGGUAGCCGAUUGGAUAAACCCAGUUUCAAACAUAUGUGAUAAUUCAAAAAAAAAAAAAUAAGAUUAAAAAAAAGUUUGCGAUACAGUAGAUGUAUAAAUAGUAUACUAUUUAUAUAUAGUUUA